AUGUGGACUGCUGCAAGUAUAGAAAAUGAAGAAACAAGUCAAGGACCUGAUUCCUUGUGUUUCCCUGAUAGCAGUACGAAAGUCAACUGUGCACAACUGGAAGGUGACUACCACAGAAACCCAAAGAUGCAUUAUUGGGUCUCUUCUCUAUCUCACCGCAUCAGACCUGAUAUUGUGUUCAGUGUUGGGCUAUGUGCAAUGUUUCAAUCAAAUCUCAAGGAAUCUCAUUUGAAGGCUGCCAAAAGAAUUUUGAGAUACCUUAAGGGUACACAGGAACUGGUCCUGUAUUACGCCUUAGGUGACAGUUUUAAUCUCAUUGGAUAUCCUGAUGCUGAUUAUGCAAGUUAUCUUGUGGACAUGAAAAGCACUUCUGGAAUGACUCACUUUCUAGGUCUUACUCUUGGGGCACAAGGAAGCAAAAUUCAGUGGCUCUUUCAACAGCUGAAGUAG